UCUCGCGGCCCUUCAGCCUCCUGCUGGGCUGCUCCUGCUCCUCCACUCACAGACAUGCCGAGUCCCGUCAGAUCCUGGCUGGGUUUGACUCUCGAGUUUCUAGAAGAACACGGACUCCUGACAGUGAGCAUGUGUCAGACCGGUUCUGUGUUCGGUAAGUGAACAGCAGCAGCAGCAGCAUUCGGACCCAGACCCCUGUCGGCGGAACCAGCCGGGUUGACAGUCACCGUGUGGGAAUGGCAGCUCAGCGGCCGUUAAAAGGCAUCCUGAAGAACAAGAACACCGGGAUAAACGUCCAGUCUCUGACCGAGGACAUACAAGGAGACAAUCCCGAACAAGCACCGGGUCUCUCGGAAGAGGACCAGCAGAAAAAAUCUCAGAAAUGGGAUGAAAUGAACAUCCUUGCCACGUACCAUCCUGCAGAUAAAGACUAUGGUCUGAUGAAAAUAGACGAGCCAAGCACACCGUAUAACAGGAUGGUUGGGGACGAUGAUGACGAAGGGGCGCUGAGCGACUCGGACAACCACACCACACUCACAGCUGAUGAUCUUGUAUCAAAGCUGGUGGCAGCUGAGGAGUCAGAGCCUCGCUUCAUGAAAGAAGAAGAGGAGGAGGAAAGCAGUGAAGAGGAGGAACAGGAGCUGACGCCUGAAGAACAAGCCAAAAAGAAGCAUUUUCAGAUGAUGAGGAAGAUGCACUACAACGAGGGUCUGAACAUCAAACUGGCCCGACAGCUCAUCGCCAGUGAGCUCGAAGAUGAAGACGAUGCAGAUGAAGAGAUGAGGGAUGACACAGAGGAGGCCAGGGGAGACGCAGAGGAGACGGAGGAGAUCAGCGUGGACCCGCCACAGGAAGCUGAUGCUCUGGACUCGUAGGUGAGGACUCUCCACCUGCCGCUCCAACAUCCACACAGAUGACAGACGCCACUGCUGUGUUUUCAAAGUGGGCCGUACAGCAGACGCCACCUCACCCAUCAACUAACGACCUUCAGCAGUUAACGACCUCCUGACCCCCCCGUGUCUCCAAACCCCCCCAGAACUGUGCAAUAUCAACACCUAAAACACUGGAACUCUCCAAAUCAGCAGAACACUGAGUCCAAACCCUUGGUCCCUCCGGUCCUGUUGCUAAGCACCUGCCCCUCCCACCGCCCCUCCCACUUCUCCUGGACUGGUGUUACACUGAAGGACAUGUGACUUUGACCCUGAAUGGAGGACACCGGUUGGAUAAGCAGGUCUGCCGUCUACUGGUAUCAGAGCCGGUACGCCAGGUCUGAAGGAAACCAGGGGAGGAAGCCCCGCCCACCGCUACGUUGACACAGCCAAUAAACCACACUGGCCUCUGUUCUGUCCCAUUUCCUUUUCACCUCAUGUACCUUUCUCUCGGCGUCAGUUAAUGUUUUUUAUUCCCAGCCUUAUUUGAUUCACCUGGUCAUUCAGUGCCAUCGGGGGGAUGUUUUUUUUUUUUUAGGGUCGUCACCGUAGUAGAAGGCUUAUUAUCUAACGGAGUCUAAAUCUGACACAAACACUUCAAAGUUAACCUGACAUUUGACAAAGAAUAAGCAACUUAUUGGGACGUGAAUGAAACCUGAUGUGGGGUCGUACUUUACAUCCAACUCUGCUUUGAUUGACUCAUUUAGUUUUUCUUCUUACAAUCAAGUACCAUCUCCUUUUGAAAAAUCCUGAUGUUACACAUGAACCUCAGAAUUUGCAUAAUGAAGGGGAUGAUAAUGGUCUUUUGAGUUUUUAAAGAUCCGACGCUCAAAUAUAUCAUGUUCUACUGAUGAAAAGGAGCCUGUCCUAUGGAGAACACGUCUGUAUCAGCUCUCAUGUCCUGACCUCUGACCCCCAUCCCUAAUCCUAAACCCUGAACCCUAACCCUGACCCCUGACCCUUGACCUCUAACCCUAAUGUCCCGCCCCUAACCCUGACUCUCUGAGAUAGAAACCACUCAAACCAGUGUGAACUGGGACUGAUGGACCUUCUCAUGACUGUAGUGCUUCCUCAGAAUUCCUCAGUAAAUUCUUUAAAGACGUGUCUGUCCUUUGACGAUACUAUAACGUCAUGUGAUGUCAGAGGGUGGGAGGGUCCCAGAGCUGUGGGUGUGGACAGUGGAGGAGACCACUGAGACCUAUGGACAUGGGUGGAGGGUUAGAGGUUGGAGCUCCAGCCUGAGGACGGACAGUGGACUGAAACCAGACCCUCCAGAGGACAGUGGACUGAAACUAGACCCCCCAGAGGACAGUGGACUGAAACCAGACCCUCCAGAGGACAGUGGACUUAAACCAGACCCUCCAGAGGACAGUGGACUUAAACCAGACCCCCCAGAGGACAGUGGACUGAAACUAGACCCCCCAGAGGACAGUGGGCUGAAACCAGACCCUCCAGAGGACAGUGGGCUGAAACCAGAACCCCUCAGAGGACAGUGGACUGAAACCAGACCCCCCAGAGGACAGUGGGCUGAAACCAGACCCUCCAGAGGACAGUGGACUUAAACCAGACCCCCCAGAGGACAGUGGGCUGAAACCAGAACCCCUCAGAGGACAGUGGACUGAAACCAGACCCCCCAGAGGACAGUGGACUUAAACCAGACCCCCCAGAGGACAGUGGACUGAAACCAGAACCCCUCAGAGGACAGUGGACUGAAACCAGACCCCCCAGAGGACAGUGGGCUGAAACCAGAACCCCUCAGAGGACAGUGGACUGAAACCAGACCCCCCAGAGGACAGUGGACUGAAACCAGACCCCCCAGAGGACAGUGGGCUGAAACCAGAACCCCUCAGAGGACAGUGGACUGAAACCAGACCCCCCAGAGGACAGUGGGCUGAAACCAGACCCCCCAGAGGACAGUGGACUGAAACCAGAACCCCUCAGAGGACAGUGGACUGAAACCAGACCCCCCAGAGGACAGUGGACUGAAACCAGAACCCCUCAGAGGACAGUGGACUGAAACCAGACCCCCCAGAGGACAGUGGGCUGAAACCAGAACCCCUCAGAGGACAGUGGACUGAAACCAGACCCCCCAGAGGACAGUGGACUGAAACCAGAACCCCUCAGAGGACAGUGGACUGAAACCAGACCCCCCAGAGGACAGUGGACUGAAACCAGAACCCCUCCUGGCCUCCUGUUUGUCCCGCCCCUUUAACUGUGAUUGGACGUGUUGAGCUUCAUCUUAAGGGGACACAGACAAAUCCAGUACCAACAGUAGGACUCUGAAAACUUCCCUUUGCACUUGUUUUCAUUGGAGUUUGGACAGUUUUCAUCCUUUUCAUGAAACCAGCAGAGCUUCUGAAGCCUCCUGCUUGAACUAAAGUCCAGUGCACACACAGUUUAAUGUACAUGGAGUGGAACUACAUGUGUGUUUAUCAUAAGAGCUAAUGCAUCCUCUCCUUUUAGAACAUCCCUUUUUUGACUGUAUUGUCCUCUGUUUGAGUCGGUGAAUUUGUAAACAGAGAAAAGAUGAGAGCAGAGAUGGAGCUGCAUCUACUGAGAAUCAGCUGAUCUGUGUAGAGCUGAAGGACCAGCGUGUCCAAACCUGACUGACGUGACCACCUCCAGGUGAUCACCUGAUCUGUCUAAUGUGCCUAUUCUGUGUUUGACCCACAGGCUCUGCUCCUGUUUUCUGUCUUAUGUCCACUCACCUGCUCCUCCUUUUUUUGCACCACUUUGGAUUGACUUUAAUUUGUUUUCUAAAGAUGAUAGUGUCCACACUCUGCACUGUCUAGAAUAUAGUGGGUUUUUAAUGGAUGUUUGUUUUUGUAUUUCAGGUCUGCAUGUUCCUAAUUGUCACUGUUUCCUCCUUUGUUUUUGUCUCCCGUCAAUAAACCAACUUCUUAG